AUGGCGCCCUCCGCGACGGCUGCGAGCGGCGCAACGGCGCACAUGGCGACUACAACCCUGAAAGUCGGAGGCAUGACCUGUGGCGCAUGCACGUCCUCGGUGGAGUCGGGCUUCCAAGGCGUAAAUGGAGUAGGAAGUGUGUCUGUCAGCCUGGUUAUGGAGCGGGCGGUCGUACAGCACGACCCCGAAGUCGUAUCGGCGGAGCAGGUGGCGGAGAUAAUAGAGGACCGAGGGUUUGACGCAGAGGUCCUGUCCUCAGACGUACCGUUGGCUGCGCCGGAUGAAUUUUUGAGUGAUUCGGAAGAGGAGGAAGCGGAAGACUCCUCGAUCGCAACUACAACGCUGUCAGUGGAAGGCAUGACAUGCGGCGCGUGUACGUCGGCAGUGGAAGGAGCUUUCAAGGACGUCGCAGGCAUCAAGCACUUCAGCAUAUCGCUAUUGUCCGAGCGCGCUGUAAUCGAACACGACAUGAAAAUAAUAUCUCCGGCGACGCUGACGGAGACGAUCGAGGAUGCAGGCUUUGAUGCGAAAGUUUUGGACACAGUGGCGCAGGUAUCGGAACGACCACGGAGUAAAAAGGACAAGAACAAAACCUUGACAACAACAAUCGAUGUCGAAGGUAUGACAUGUGGCGCCUGCACGUCUGCGAUCGAAAGUGGUUUCAAGGAUGUGGAGGGUGUCUACCAGUUCAACAUCAGCUUACUCGCAAAUCGCGCUGUGUUGGUCCACGAUCCGGCGAAGCUUACCGCAGAGCAAAUAGUAGAGAUCAUCGAGGACCGAGGAUUCGAUGCCAGGGUGUUGUCAUCUGUAGACGGAAGCGUACAGCAAGGCUCAGCAAAUGAUGGUCCCAUUCACCUCAAAGUUUAUGGACUGCCAAACCAGACAGCAGCAGAAGAACUUGAAGCAUUACUCCGAAAGCGGCCUGGUGUCAAAUCUGCAACAAUCAACUUCGGCACGUCGCGAGCAGUCAUUCAGCGAGAUCCCCAAAUCAUUGGUCUACGAGUGACGGUCGAGACCAUCGAAGCUGCGGGCUACAAUGCCAUCGUUUCCGACUCCGACGACAACAACGCUCAACUAGAAUCUCUCGCAAAGACCAAGGAGAUUAUGGAAUGGAAGCGAGCGGUCAAGAUCUCUGCCUGCUUCGCAGUGCCCGUAUUUCUGACUAGCAUGUUGUUCCCCAUGUUCUUGCCAUUUCUCGACUACGGAAGCUGCCGUAUCCUACCCGGUGUUUAUCUCGGUGACUUGGUCUGUCUUGGUCUUACUAUUCCUGUACAAUUCGGUAUCGGAAAGCGGUUCUAUGUUUCGGCAUACAAAUCUCUCAGUCAUGGCUCGCCUACGAUGGAUGUCUUGGUUGUUUUGGGAACUUCGGCCGCAUUCUUCUUUAGCUGCGCUUCGAUGCUUGUCUCACUGCUCAUCCCGCCUCACUCGAAACCUACCACCUUAUUCGAUACCAGCACUAUGUUGAUCACGUUCAUCUCUAUAGGUCGCUACCUCGAGAACAGCGCGAAAGGCCAGACAUCGAAGGCAUUAUCACGACUUAUGUCUCUGGCUCCGUCUAUGGCUACUAUCUACGCCGACCCCAUCGCCGCCGCCAAGGCUGCUGAAGGAUGGGACGUUGAUGACGAGAAAGAUUCACGCCAGUCUAUGGAAGGCAAUGCUAUCGAGGAGAAGACUAUUGCCACUGAGCUCAUCGAAGUUGGAGAUGUGGUCAUUCUCCGGCCUGGUGAUAAGAUUCCAGCCGAUGGCACUGUUACUCACGGAGAGUCUUAUGUGGACGAAAGCAUGGUCACAGGUGAAGCAAUGCCGAUUCUCAAGAAGAAGGGCACCCUACUUAUGGCAGGUACUGUUAACGGCGCUGGCAGGCUGGACUUCGUCGUGACCAGAGCUGGACGUGACACGCAACUUAGCCAGAUCGUGCGUCUCGUGCAAGAAGCUCAGACAAGUCGCGCUCCCAUCCAACGUUUGGCCGAUACUGUCGCCGGAUAUUUUGUUCCCAUCAUCAUCACCCUCGGUCUGGCCACUUUCGUUGCUUGGAUGGUACUUAGCCAUGUUCUUCCGUACCCACCAAAAGUCUUCCUCGACCAUGCCAGUGGUGGCAAGCUCAUGGUUUGCGUGAAGCUCUGCAUCGCUGUCAUCGUCUUCGCCUGUCCUUGCGCUCUCGGCUUGGCUACACCAACGGCUGUCAUGGUUGGUACUGGUGUAGGCGCUGAACAGGGAAUCCUCGUCAAAGGUGGUGCUGCUCUUGAGACUGCUACCAAGGUCAACCACAUCGUCUUCGAUAAGACCGGCACGCUUACCGUUGGAAAGAUGAGCGUCUCUAAGGCCGACAUCAAGGGCGAGUGGGGUACAGAUUCGAAGAAGAAUCUCUGGUGGACGCUUAUCGGCCUCGCCGAGAUGGGCUCAGAGCAUCCCAUUGCCAAGGCUAUCGUUGGGUCUGCGAAGGAGCACCUCCGACUUGGCUCUGAAGGUCACCUUGAUGGCUCUGUAGGCGAUUUUGAAGCCGUUGUUGGCAAAGGUAUCGCUGCGACGGUGGAAGCUGCUUUGUCGCGUGAUCGCACCCGGUACCGUGUCUUUAUUGGAAACGCCGAGUAUCUCCUCUCCGAGGGUGUCAACGUUCCUGACUUCGUCGACGAACCUCUCACUCCCGCUGCCACAAGAUCUGCGAACCCUAGGGCAGGUACUCAGACGCGCUCUGCUGGUAUUACGACCAUUCACACAGCCAUCGACAAGACCUAUACAGGUACACUGUCUCUCUCUGAUACGAUCAAGCCUUCAGCUCGAGCCGCCGUCCUUGCUCUCCGUCGCCUCGGCAUGACAGCCUCUAUCGUCACUGGCGACACUUCAUCGUCUGCUCUCGUUGUCGCAGCCCAAGUCGGUAUCGACCCUGAAGAUGUCCACGCCUCCGCCAAACCCGCCGACAAGAAAGCCAUCAUCGCAGACCUUCAGUCUCGCGGCAAGGUCGUCGGUAUGGUCGGCGACGGCAUCAACGACUCGCCGGCCCUCGCCUCAGCAGACAUCGGCAUCGCCCUCUCCACCGGCACAGACGUUGCCAUGGAAGCCGCCUCUAUCGUCCUCAUGAGUACCACGGACCUCCUCGCCAUCCCUGCCUCCCUCUGCCUUAGCAAAGCCAUCUUCAACCGCAUCAAGUUGAACCUCGCCUGGGCGUGCAUGUACAACGUCGUCGGCCUGCCCUUUGCCAUGGGCUUCUUCCUUCCCUGGGGUUUCAGUCUGCAUCCUAUGGCUGCGGGUGCGGCAAUGGCAUGCUCCUCUGUGUCUGUCGUGGCUAGCUCGUUGCACCUGAGAUUCUGGAGGCGACCGAGCUGGAUGAAGGUCUCAACGCUUGAUCCUGCUGCCGAGGUCCCGGAGAGCGAGAAGGAGGCGGAGAGGCUGGGGUUCGCCAAGAGGGGGCUUUUCAGCACAGCGGUGGAGUGGGUUAAGGAGACUAUCGCGGCGAGGAGAAGGAAUAGGGAGGAGGCGGGGUAUGUGCCGUUGCAGAACAUGGCAGAGCAUUGA